AUAAAACAACAAACCACCAAGAAUAAACAAUCGCGCCUUAAAACAACGAAUCUCCGGCGAAAUCAUCAUCUUCUCCGGCGAUGAAGACGACGGCGACGUCGUUUGUAACGGGAGAGAGAGUUGUAGUUUUCGUCGUGGUUUCUCGUAUUCUCUUAUCUCUUCCUUUAUCACUUAUCUCCCAUGGCUUCUCCCUCUUCCUCCUCUCUCUCUCCGCCUUCCUCGUCGAGAUCCGCGUCGAGACUUCUCCGUUUCUUCUCUCUCAUUUCAGCUCCAGACGCGGUGCGUCUUCAGGGAUAUUACUAGGAGCUGUGACACUUCCUUCUGUUAUGAUAUCUAAGUUAGUUCAGCUUUCAAGAGCUAUUUCAAUCCAUGAAGCUGAACAAGAUGAGCUUGCACAUGUGACAAUGCAGUAUUGGGCAGCAUCGGCUAGUUGUUGUGCUAUACUUAUAUAUCUAUCAGUGAUUAUGUCACAAGUGAGAAAAGAUGAAUCUUUGUCGUCAUCGUCUAUUUGGCUUACGAGAGUUAGCUUGACUGGGACAGUGUUGUAUGGAGUAGCAUGUUUUGUUUCACUUUCCAUGAUUUCACACACUGGCUUGAAUACGUCAUUGAAAAUGUUGUGGAUGUUAUUUCAUGGACUUGCAGCUGUGAAGUUGAUUCGACAUUUGCUUUGCACUUUCCCAUCGUGUGCUUCGAUAGGGGAAGCACUUCUUGUGACCAGUGGUCUUGUUCUCUAUUUUGGCGACUUUUUGGCAUGCACAAUUGCAAAGAUUUUUGAGAAAUUGAUACCUGUGGAUCUUGUCUCAAUAAGCUAUGGAAUAAAGAGAACGGAAACCGGCAUAAUCGUUCAGGGUCUACUGUUGGGCCUUCUACUUUUCCCGAUGGUGUUUAGAUUUGUUCUGCAUAUAUAUGAAAGCUCUUUGAGAAAGAGAGAUGCUCGACAAAGAAACUGCAGUGAUGCUGCAAAAUCUGUCUUAUUCUUUGUUUCACUUCUAUUUUUUAUGGUCGUGGCUGUUCCUUCUUGGAUGCAGUUUGUACACGAUUUCAACCAGCAUCCCUUCUUAUGGGUGCUCACAUUUGUCUUUUCUGAACCUCUGAAGAGACUUUCAUUAUGUAUCUACUGGAUUCUGUUGAUCGUUGUGUCUGUCUCACGAUUUUAUAACAUCUCGAGGAGUAGCAAGGUUGAGAGAAUCUUGCUUCGGAAGUACUACCAUCUGAUGGCUGUUUUAAUGUUCUUGCCAGCUCUUGUCUUACAGCCUAAAUUUCUCGAUCUAGCAUUUGGUGCAGCAUUGGCAGUAUUUGUUGCAUUGGAGAUCAUUCGAAUAUGGAGAAUUCAGCCUCUUGGAGAGCCUUUACAUCAAUUCAUGAAUGCUUUCACUGACCAUCGUGACUCAGAGCAUCUGAUUGUCAGCCACUUCUCACUCUUGCUUGGGUGUGCGCUUCCGAUUUGGAUGUCAUCUGGGUUCAAUGACCGAGCCUUAUCUCCAUUUGCUGGAAUUCUCAGCCUAGGAAUUGGAGAUACAAUGGCAUCGAUGGUUGGUCACAAAUAUGGGGUGUUGAGAUGGAGCAAGACAGGAAGUGAGCAUAUUUCUUUUCUUUGUUUUCGAAAUAUCAACUUCUGUUUUCAUCGGAAACUAAUAUGGUCAUGAGUGUUGCGGAACAGAGAAAACGGUUGAAGGAACAGCAGCGGGAAUAACAUCGAUGAUGGCAGUGUGCUUUGUUCUGGUCCCAAUAUUAGCAUCAAUGGGUUAUAUACUAAGUCAAGGAUGGUGGUCGCUUCUGGUGGCUGUGACAGCCACCGGGAUGUUGGAAGCUUACACGGCGCAGUUAGACAAUGCCUUUAUACCUCUUGUCUUCUACUCACUCCUCUGCUUGUAAAUUAGUUAAGCCUAGAGUCAACAUUCUACGUUUUUUCACUUCAUGUACAUAACAAAGUAUCUUACUACUAACCAUACUUCCUCUUGUUAAUUGCCGUAUCUCUUUAAGAGACAAAUGUGUUUUUUGAUCUCAACUUUUUGUUUCCUUCCUACGUAUUAUUAUUCUCUGCAAGAACCAAUCUUCUUUCCUCUGUUUGACAAACCAAUGUUAAAUACAGAGAUGAACAUGCUAACAAAAUAGCAGCCCAUCUAAAAAUAACAAGG